AUUUUGGAUCUGUUCAACGAACUAAAAGAGCAACUAUCAAGUUGCCCCGAGAAAACCCGUGCGCUGUGCCGCACUGUCCAGUCGACAGUGUGGGGAGCCGUUGUAUCCUCAUUAAACGUAGCGCUUGGCGGUGGUGGGGCUGGUGCAGUAACAUCAUCGGCGGAUAGCAGUGGUGGCUCCGGCGUAUCCGGACCAGGACCAGGUGGCGGUGUGGGCGUUGGCCGUUUAGCAUCCAUAAUGGGCGCAGUUAGUUCACGCCACAUCUCUACCAGUGAUGCGCUGGUAGAGGAAGGCGGUGGAGGUAAUAAUCAUGAUCAUGGCAACGGAAAUUGUUCAAUUUCACACAAAAAUGGCAUAACCACAGCUACUGGUGGUUUUCUGCAAAAACAAGAUUUGCAUUAUGAUAUCGGUUCGAGUUCUCAGUAUCAUCAUGUACGUCAACCAAGCGUUCGCAGUCGAAGUCAGCAACCCAUGCCAACCACAGAUGAAUUGGAUAGGCGUUUCGCAAAAGUUUUGGCUUCAAUGGACCUACCUCCGGACAAAGCGAAGUUGCUCAAGAAUUAUGAUGAUGAAAAGAAAUGGGAUAUAAUAUGUGAUCAGGUUAGUGAAAUGUGCGCAAUAGUUUUAAAAUUUUUUAAAUAUAAAAUUUAUUUUAUUUUUUAUUUGCAAUUAAUGUUUAAUGAAAAGCGUUGAUAAUUUUUGCUCUUAUGUCAGUUGGGUUUGAUU